GUUGACAUCAAUAUCAGGACCAGAAAUCUUUUCAUUUCAAUCCCACUGGAACAUCAACUUUUAUUUUAAAAGCAACAGUUGUAAAGCGAUUGCCAUGGUGAUUUGAGGGAAGAAUUACAAACGAUUGUUGUCAAUUGAGAGAAAGGAGCAACUGUUCAUGUGAAGUGAAGGCCCUGGUCAGAAAAUCUAUGCUGCACAGAACUUACUAAGCAAAUGCAAAAAUGAGUGAUGAGAAUCCAUCUGAAAUCGGAGCACUUAAUGAGAAUAGCUCAAACACAAUCCCACUACAACCUAGAAUUAAACAGGAUGGCAUUAACAACCCUGGAACAUUUGACUCUGGACAUUUGGGAAACAGUGUUGGAGCAAUUAUGCAUCUGGACUGGGGAUGUAAGGCCUGUGAGUUUCAUAAGGACACUGCUGUAGCAUCUGAUGCAGCACCUUGUUCUAAAAUUGGCAGAGACGUCCUGAAGUGGAACGGAUCAGUGGUUGAUGCAGCCAUCGCAGCACUGCUCUGCAUUGGACUGGUGAAUGCCCACAGUAUGGGCAUCGGAGGAGGGCUGAUCCUCACUGUGUACAAUGCAUCAACAGGAGUUGUUGAAGUUAUCAAUUCAAGAGAAGUGGCUCCAGAGCAAGAAAUUCGCAGCAACCUGGACACAGGAGGGCCGUCAAUUGGAGUUCCAGGUGAAAUCAGAGGAUAUGCCCUUGCACAUCAACGACAUGGCCGGUUACCAUGGAAGCAAUUGUUUGAGCCAUCCAUUACAUUUGCAAGAAAAGGUUUUCCGGUGGGUAAGAGCCUUGCCGUCGCCCUAGAAGCAAAUAAAGUGCAAAUAGAAGAAAGUGCUUCGCUAUGUGAUGUGUUCUGUAAGAAAAACAGCAACAGAAUUUUGAAUGAAAAUGACCUAAUAUAUUUUCCACAAUUAGCGGACACACUACAAAUGAUAGCAGAUGAAGGGCCAGACGCAUUCUACGAUGGACCUAUUGCUGAGGACAUUGUUCACUCUGUUAGCCAAUCAGGUGGUCUAAUUUCCCGAAAGGACCUGAAGCAGUAUAAGGCGAGAGAGGAGACAGCGAUAAAUGUGACUUUGGGUGACUACACAUUGUACGUCCCUGGUGCUCCGUCAGGUGGACCGGUCCUUGCACUCAUUCUGAAAAUCCUCGAAGGAUAUAAGUUUUCCAGAGAGAGUAUAUCCACUCAAGAAAAGAAAGUCUUAACGUACCAUAGAAUUAUCGAAGCCUUCAAAUUUGCAUUUGCAGAGAGAAGCAAGUUGAAAUAUCCAACUUCUGGUGACCAUAGGGAGGUCAUUGAGAUGAUCUCAAAAGCAAAUGAAAUUCGAGAAAGGAUCAAUGACAGUAACACCAGUGAAGGAAUUGAUGAUUAUGGGAUAAAGUGCCUUUUACCUGGGCAGAGUGGAACAUCCCAUCUCUCUGUGGUAGCAGAAGAUGGUAAUGCAGUGUCGGUUACCAGCACCAUCAAUGGCCGUUUUGGAUCGUUUGUCCGUUCUAAUGUGACUGGCAUAAUAUUCAACAAUCAGAUGGCAGACUUCUCCUCCUCACAGAUUGAAGAUGAGAACAGUCUACCACCAUGUUCUCAGAACUAUGUUCAACCCGGCAGAAGACCCUUCUCUGCUAUGUCUCCUGCAAUUAUCCUCGACAAAGAUAAAAAUGUGAAAAUGGUGGUUGGAGCUUCGGGCAGCUCGAGGAUCAUCACAGCAACUGCUCUGGUUAUAAUCAAUGCACUUUGGUUUGGUGAUGAUGCUUGUGAGGCAGUGAACAAGCCAAGAAUCCAUCACCAACUACUGCCAAACUUUGUUCAAUUUGAGUCUGAGGAACAGGAACAAAAUGCAGAAGAGCUCCGCCAGUUUCGCAGGGAAAUGGAGAAUGACCUAAAGAAGAAGAUGCACAUCACUGGUUUUGCCGAUAUGCCUUCAGUAGUGCAGGCUAUUGUAAAAGAAGGGCAUGUUUGGCAUGCUGUUUCAGAUACCACGCGUAAAGGUGGUUGUCCUGCAGGAUACUGAAAUGCUCCGAGGCCUUUUCAACUUCUGCAUAUCAUUGCAUGAAUUAUUGUAGAAUAUUUUGGCCGAUUAUGAGUAGGAGUUUUAUCUGUGAAUUGCCACCACUAUGUGGCUCGCUGAAGACCUUAACAUUGUGAAACAAACUGAACCAAACCAUUUGUUGAAAGCUGGAAAGUCUCGUGCUGUGAUGCAUCCAGAGGGUUAUAAAUCACAGGACUGUAAAGAUGGCGAGCAAUUAAUCUCAACAAAGGUUCUCAACUAUCAUGAGUAAAUUGAAGGUUUUAGUGUGCACUGUUCAAGCUUUUCCAAACAAUCAUUUACAAUGAUGCUAUCAAAUGUUCAUAUAUGCUCCUUGAACCAAUGGGAGCAAUAAGUUGGAAAAUGUACCCAUAAUAUACCUUUAACAAAGACUAUGCUAACCACAAUACAUUGCUGACUUCUGAACAUGUGACCAUAUCUAUUGAGAUGAGGAAAAUUAAGGCUCAGGUUAAAGCUUAUCAGGAAAUGAUAUGGGAAUUAAAUUAAAUAUAGAUAUUAAUGAGUGAGCUGAAUUCACUGAAUAUUUCACCUUGAAUUCUAUGACUACUUGUGUGGCUUUGAUGAGGAUUCCAUUGGUGUCCCAUCAGAGUUAGCGAAAGUAACCAGUAGAAACCUCAAAGAAUUUCAAGACCUUUGACUUUUGGAUCCAUUUCUUCACUAGAGGACAAAAGUAACGAAAGAGUGAACAGUUGUGAAUGUCAUCGGCCUUUAAGUGACCGGGGCAUUUCAUUGCUUCAGUUCCCUGAAUUACUUAAUUGACCACUCAUAAUUGCAAUUAAUAAGAUUAAUGAAGCUGCUAUUUUUGAUUCCAAAGGCACAAUUUUGUGAUAAAUAUCUGAUUACAAAAAUAAUAAUGGCCAAUUAAGAUCAGCUGCCUUCAUGAAUAAGCAUUAUAUAAGACAUGUAAUGCAGCAAAGUUUACCAAGACUUUUCUAAGAUUGCACAUAAUUUAUUCUUAUCUCUGCUAACCUUAAGUUGAAGCAGAGAACGGUAAAAAAUGGCAGAAUACAAUGCCAGUUAAAUAAUAUUGUAGACAGAAAUUUCAGAUCCAAUUGUAUUCUUUCUGUCCAGCGGAAACUAAUUCAGUAGGAAUCUCAAAGAAUUUCAGAAGCUUUGACUUUCAGGUCCAUUUCAAUCCCAGGAUGAAGAACUGAAACACCAAACAGUUAUGAUAGAGUUAAUAUUAGCCCUUUCAACUUAGCUGUUCUCACUGUGUACCUAUGGGUAUAGAUCUCAAUAUUUUUCUUUUGAGAAGGUGAGAGAGGAUCAGCUCUCAGAAGGCAGCAGUGUCCUUUCUUAUAUGUGCAAAUUAGUCUCCAAUGACAUCAUUGGGACUGAUUGCAAUUUCAGCUGAAGCAGAAAGGCAGUAGGUAACUUGGUUUAUUAUUGUCACAUGUACUGAGGUACAAUGAAGAACUUUGUUUUGCAUGCCCUGCAUACAGAUCAUUUCAUCACAUCAGUGCAUUGAGGUAGUACAAGGGAAAACAAUACAAGAAGUGCCUGAACUAGAAGGUCCAAUACAAUAAAUGGAUUUUAGUUUUAUUAUAUGACAAGCAGAGCUAGAGAAGAAAACCUUGAGCCUUCCCAACUUGUUCCUCAGAUCCUCCUUAAUAGCUUCUUGCCUCCCAAUAUCUUACUCUCACUUCAUUUAGGAGGUGGAUAAGACAGAUGAAAUGCAGAAGUUAGCCUCCUGGCGUUUAAAUAUGGAGAUAUGAUAUUUGCUGAGCGCUCCUCACUUGCACUCUGUUCCACCCCCCUUUUAAAAUUAUUCCCUUGGCUCCAUAAUAAUUCUUUGCUCAACAGACAAAUGUUUGCCAAAUACAUGACAGAAUAACAAAGACCACAUUAAAAAUCCGUUGGCAUAUUAUUUCUCUGCCACUAAACAACAAAUGUGCUUUUCCAUCAACACUGUGCAUGCUAAGAUUUGAUUGAAUCAAAUGUUCUGUUAUUCUAUUCUCAAAUUUCUGCAUGACUGCAGUAGGUGUUGUCUAAUUGCAAAAGACAUAAUUAAAAUACACAGAUUGCUAUGUGUUGUAAUUGUGGCACACUGUAGUUUAGGAAGGUAGACAGUGUCUCAUUACCUACACUAAUUCAGGUGUACUCAGCUAACUGUAUAUUUAAUCAAUUUAGAAUGAAUAUUUUUACUUAUUCUUAAUCUAGCGUUAUGGUUUUGUGAAAAAGCAAAGUUUCUAACAUAGUAGAAACUAAAGAUAUUUAUAAUUUCAAGAUAUUCAAAUAAAAAAUCAAAAUGUUAGAAAUGCA